UCACCAUGCCUACUGUGCGGUCACUCUCCUCCCGUUGUCAAGGCUCAUCCCCAAGUAGUGUGUCCUCCCCACCACAACAGGCAGAGGGGGGUGCACGAAUGGAUUUGCCUGCUUCCUCUUAUUCGUCCAUCAGUCUGCCCUGUGAUGUCAGGGACUCAUGUGAUACUGCAGAGUGGGAUAGGCACUCUGUGUCGACCAUUGAAGACAGUGACUUUGAGGACAGCCCAAAACACAAUGUGAAGAAGAGACCAGCCAAACGACCACCCAGAACCACCCCAGCAGCAAAACAUUCAAAGAAAGGCAACCAAACAGAACAUGGAGGUGGUGAUGACUGCACAGGGUCAGCACUAUCAAUCAGUUAUCUCUUCGAUGCUGUAAAAGCUGCCAGAAGUGACAUGCAGUCUUUGGUAGAUGAAUGGAUGGAAAACUACAAGCAAGACAAGAAUGCUGGAUUGCUGGAGCUCAUUAACUUCUUCAUCCGAUCCUGUGGAUGUAAAAGUACUGUAACUUCUGAAAUGUUAAAGAAGAUGUCUUACUCUGAGAUCAUCCAGCACCUUACAGAACAGUUUAAUGAGGAAUCAGGUGACUAUCCCCUAACAGCUCCAGGUCCAUCCUGGAAGAAGUUCCAGGGUAGCUUUUGUGAGUUUGUGAGGACAUUGAUCUGUCAGUCCCAGUACAGUCUCCUCUACAAUGGAUUUCCUAUGGAUGACCUCAUCACCCUACUCGUCGGCCUCUCCGACUCCCAGGUCCGUGCCUUCCGCCACACGAGCACCCUGGCUGCCAUGACGCUGAUGACUUCCCUGGUAAGAGUUGCCAUCCAACUGAGUCUGCACAAAGACAACAAUCAACGUCAGUAUGAGGCCGAACGCAACAAGGGGCCAGGGCAGAUAGCACCUGAGCGGCUAGAGAGCCUGCUGAAGAAACGCAAAGAGCUCCAAGAGAAUCAAGAGGAGAUAGAGGGGAUGAUGAAUGCCAUCUUCAGGGGUGUCUUUGUCCAUCGGUACAGGGACAUCCUUCCUGAGAUCCGUGCUAUCUGUAUCGAGGAGAUUGGGUGUUGGAUGCAAAGCUACAGUUCUUCCUUUCUUAAUGACAGCUGUCUCAAAUACAUUGGCUGGACCCUGCAUGAUAAGCACCGGGAAGUUCGCCUGAAGUGCCUGAAGGCUCUGAAAAUACUGUAUGGCAACCAGGAGUUAAGCACACGCCUGGACCUCUUCACCAACCGUUUUAAGGACCGGCUGGUUUCCAUGGUCAUGGACAGAGAGUAUGAUGUGGCGGUGGAGGCCAUCAGGUUGCUGACCAUUAUUCUGAAGGGCAUGGAGGGAGUGCUGACCAAUGCAGACUGUGAGAAAGUCUACUCUCUCGUGUACACUUCGAAUCGUGCCGUAGCCUCUGCUGCAGGAGAGUUUGUGUACUGGAAGCUCUUCUACCCGGAGUGUGAGGCAAGGUCAGGUGGAAAAGAGCGACGCCGCAGUCCACAAGCCCAAAGGACUUUCAUUUACCUUCUGCUGACCUUCUUUAUAGAGAGUGAGCACCAUGACCAUGCUGCUUACUUAGUAGACAGCCUGUGGGAUUGUGCCGGGUCUCAUCUGAAGGACUGGGAGAGUCUGACAGGCCUGUUGCUGGAGAAGGACCAGAAAUUGAGUGACAUACAGGAAAGGAUGCUAAUAGAAAUCCUUGUGUCCAGUGCCCGGCAAGCUGCCGAGGGUCACCCACCUGUGGGGCGCAUCACUGGGAAGAAGGGCCUAACUGCCAAAGAACGCAAGCUCCAGGCUGACGACAGAGUGAAGCUGGCUGAGCACCUCAUCCCCCUGCUGCCCCAGCUUCUGGCCAAGUUUUCAGCAGAUGCAGAGAAUGUUGCUCCCCUGCUCCAGCUACUCAGUUACUUUGACCUCAGGAUUUAUUGCACGCGACGCCUGGAGAAGCACCUGGAACUGCUCCUGCAGCAACUCCAGGAGGUGGUGGUGAAACAUGUGGAGCCAUCAGUGCUUGAAGCAGGAGCCCAUGCCCUCUAUCUGCUCUGUAAGCCUGAGUUCACCUUCUUCAGUCGGGUGGACUUUGCCCGCAGCCAACUUGUGGAUCAAUUGGCUGACCGCUUUCAGCAGGGGCUUGAGGAGCUGAUGCAGUCAUCUUUCCUAGAUGAGGAUGAGAUUUACAAUCUGACAGCCACCCUGAAGCGCCUUGUUGCUUUCUACAAUGCUCAUGACCUGAGUCGCUGGGAGAUUGCUGAACCUUGUUACCGACUCCUGCGGAAGGCUGUGAACACGGGAGAGGUUCCUCACCAGGUGAUCUUGCCAGCCUUGACUCUUGUCUAUUUUUCCAUUCUCUGGACACUAACCCACAUUUCUGGGUCCACUGCUUCUCAGAAGCAGCUUUUGAGUCUGAAGGGCAGAAUGGUGGAAUUCUGUGGACUGUGCCAGAGCUGCCUCUCAGAUGUGGACCCAGAAAUCCAGGAACAGGCUUUUGUCCUAUUAAGUGAUCUGCUUCUCAUCUUCAGUCCUCAGAUGAUUGUAGGGGGACGGGAUUUCCUUAGGCCACUUGUCUUUUUUCCGGAAGCUGCUCUCCAGUCUGAGCUAGCCAGCUUCCUCAUGGACCAUGUCUUUCUCCAGUCCAAAGAAGUGGACAACGGUCAUUCCCAGGAGGAUUACGCCCAGAUAGAGCAGCUGCACCAGCGCCGCCGCCUCUUGGCAGGGUUCUGCAAGCUUCUGCUCUAUGGGGUACUAGAGCUGGAUGCAGCCUCAGAUGUUUUCAAACACUACAACAAGUUCUAUGAGGACUAUGGUGACAUUAUCAAGGAAACAUUAACUAGAGCAAGGCAGAUUGACCGAAGCCAGUGCUCCCAAAUCUUACUGCUGAGCCUGAAGCAGCUGUAUACAGAGCUGAUGCAGGAACAGGGGCCACAGGGCCUGACAGAGCUGCCAGCCUUCAUCGAGAUGAGGGACCUAGCCCGGAGGUUUGCCUUGAGCUUUGGACCCCAGCACCUGCAAAACCGCGACCUUGUGGUCAUGCUGCACAAGGAAGGCAUCAAGUUCUCCUUGUCUGAGGUGCCACUGACUGGCUCUGGUGAACCUCCAAAUCUGGCCUUCCUGGAGCUCCUUUCAGAGUUCUCCCCUCGACUCUUCCAUCAGGACAAGCAGCUGCUGCUGUCCUACCUGGGAAAGCAUCUGCAGCGUUUCUCUAAGGAACCUGGCUAUCCCUGGAGUCCAGUCAUCACCUACUGCCAUUCCCUCAACCCUGUAGAGAACACUGUGGAGGCCAGCCCUCAGGACCAACCGCACUCCAAGAAGAGGCGCAUUGAAGGCCCCAGCAGUCAUCAGGAAGAGGAGGUCUCAUCCCAGGAAGAAAGCCUGCAGCUGAACAGUGCCCCACCCACACCCACCCUUACCUCCACAGCAGUGAAGAACAAGCCAUCCCUGAAGGUAGUGGGCAAGAGGAGAGGAGGUGGCUCCAAACUAGAGCCAUCCUGCAGGUGAGGCCCUGGGAGACGCCCUGGUAUGACAUUUCUAUGCAUCCAGCCUCUUUCGGGCUCCCAGAGGUUGAAGAUAUCAAGUACACAGUGUUUUCAGACUGCAUGGGAUUCUUCAGGCUCCACUCUGGGCACCCAGCUGACCCGGCUUAGCCUUAUGGAAGAGGACGAGGGGGAAGAACUAGCAAUUCUGGAUGAAUCUCAUGAAGAAUGGCAAGAUAGAGACAAGCAGUCUAGUAGCUCCACUUCCCUCAGUGACCAUGGACUGGACCUCUUAGAUACUACAGAGAUGAAUAUUGAGGAUUUAUGACAGGACUUUGGGACACCGCCCCCCCCCCCCAGUUCCCCACCUCAAGCUAUGAGUGAGCAAAAGGAAGGAACACAAUGAAGCAUCCCUUUGUGGCCCAGUCCUGGGAGCUGAGAAGAAACAGAAGUGGCCUUGCUUUUUCAGCCUCCCUUUCUCUCUGAUGAUGGACAUUAGGGAAGCUGUGAGUCCUGUCUUCCCUGAUGGUCCAUGGCUUUGUCCCUCUGCCUGUUUGCUGUCAGCACUAGGGGUGGGGAGCCCUGCUUCUAUACAUUUAGUUCUUUUGGUUUGGGACUUCUCCA